AUGAAGCUAUCCAAAAAGUUCCAGGAAUUUAUUUAUUCAAUAAGUACCAAUGAUAAAUAUUCUGAAUUUGAUUCUAGAAAAUCGUUUAAUAGAAUAAAUAAACCUGAAAGUGAAGAAAACCUUCUAUAUUCCCAUCACAAUCAAAGCGUAACUGGAUUCGGAGGUGGUUCUUUUGGUCUUGAAAAUGAACAUCAAUUUAGUCAACAAAUUGAUGGCGUUCAUGAAGUUAGAUUAGCUUGGAGACAUAUUAAGAAUUGGUUAACUAAAUACUCGCCCGAUUUGAAUAGUUCAUUAUCAAGUCCUUGCACAGUAUCCGAUUUGAAUGAUUUUCAAAAAGAUUUAGGAGUUAAAGUACCAAAUUGUUUGAUUGAAUUUUUCAAAUUAACCGAUGGACAAUCUAAUUUUAAUGAUAAUGGUAGUGGAGGCUUGAUAUUUGGAUUAAAAUUAAUGUCAAUUGAUGAAAUUGUAGUAAUGACAGAGAACUGGAGGAAAGUUGCUAAAAAUUUGAAUAAUGAAUUAUCCCAAAUUAAACUGAAUAAUAAAUUGCAAGAAUUGAAAAAAUUACAAUUAAGUCAUAAUCAAAAUCAAUUAAAUCAAUCCACUUCCGAGAAUAAAUCUCCUCCAACUCCGAUUUCGCCUCUCGGUUCUCAUCCGUACUCUGGUCCAACUUCUUCUGCUUCGUCUCUUGAUUUGGGCCAUCGUUCUUCUCUUUUAACGAAUCAUUCAGAAAAUCAUAAUGUGAAUCAUAUUAGAUCUUCCAUCGAUUCAAAUAAUUCAAACUUUCCUAACUUGAAACAUUCUCCUUCCUCUUCCUCUGCAUCAAAUCAUAUUCCUCAACAGCGUUCAAUACCUCCGGAUUGUAUUCAUUCAACUUACGCCCAUCCAAUGUGGAUUCCAAUAAUAACUGAUCAAACUGGUAAUUGUAUCGGUCUUGAUUUGAGCCCUCCUACUACUGGUAAUGGGAAAUGGGGUCAAGUUAUAUUAUUUGGUAGAGAUUUUGAUACUAAAUAUCUUAUUGCUGAUAAUUUUGGUGAUUUCUUAUUAAUUUUUGCUAAUGAUUUAGAAAUGGGCAAUUGGUCAAUUAAAAAAUGGAAUGAAAAUGAUGGUGAUGAUAUGUUUGGUUCAGAGGGUGAAUUGAUUUUCAUAAAUAAAGUGAUAAAUGAUAAUAAUAAUCAUAAAAGUAAUGGUAAUGGAGAGGAAUUAUCCUAUUUAGAAGUUUUGAAAAAUAGAUCAAUUAAAAAUUGGCUUAAUAAAUUGAAUGAUGAUUCAAAACAAAAUGAUGAUAUAAAAAUUUUAAUUAAAGAUUUGAAAAGUAAUCUGAAUAACUUAAAUGAUUUAGACUCGAUCAAUUUAAACUCAAUCGAUGAUUAUAUAAAUAGUAACUUGACUAAUAUCGACGACUUAAACAAAUCAGAAUUGCCUUUAAAAAAUCAUUCAAGAAAACUGAGUGUUCCUUCCGUCAAAAGUCCUUUAUCAAAUGAAGUCGUCAAUAAAGAAACUAAUUUAGAUAAUAAUUUACUAGAUAAUAUCAUAGAAGAUGAAGACUCGGGUAAUGAACUACAUGAUGAGUUAGAUAACGAUCGUGACUCUAAGAAAUACCUGACAAGAAUAUGA